CCUUGCCGUAGUUUGGAGUCCGGAAACGAAACAAGUUUUUAAGCAAACAAGAUGGCUGAAUAGCCUAUUUCAUCUGGAUCUCAUCCUUAAUGUUGCCUAAAUUCAAGUGCCCCAGUCCACUACAAAACCUGCACAAGCUUGCUACUGUCAGUGACAUACCUGAUCAUUGAAUCAUGAGUCCCUCCAGUUGAAUGUUCAGGAGGAUUCGUUACUGCCUCAGCCACUGUCUCUACGCAGCCAUGUCACGCCUGGAGCCGGAGGAGGAGUGCAGGCCUGGACCUGCGCCCGGCGUGGAGGUGGACAUGUGGUCAUCGGUGCGUUGCCUUGGUUACCUGUCCAGUUUCAACCUGAUGGUGGCGGUAUGCCUGGGCCUGUACGUGCGAUGGGAGCAGACGGACGAGCCCAUGAUCCUUGUCAUCUUCAUCCUGGGUCUCUUUGUCCUGGGCAUCGCCAGCAUCCUCUACUACUACUUCUCCAUGGAGUCAGCCAGUCUCAGCCUCUUCCACCUGUGGUUUGGCUUCCUUCUGGGCCUCCUGUGCUUCCUCAAUAAUCCCUCGCUGGAGGAGAAUGUGAAGGAGCAGGCUACUAACUACCUGCUGCUGGCUAGUGUGAUUUUGAGGACAGUGUGGGCCUUAACAGAUAGGAUAAUGGGCUGUGUUCACUAUAAACCCACCCUGCUCUCGUCCGAGGAGCUCCUUGAACUCCUGGGCUUUGGCAUCGCCAGCACCACCAUGCUGAUGCACAAAUAUAUCGCCCUCAUUGCCCUAGUGGUGGCGCUGGGGGCUCUGAUCGUGGGCCUGCGCGUCAAGUCCCUCAUAGCCCUGCCCAACUUGGCCUGCUUCGCCCUAGUCACCUCCCUGCUGUUCUUCAAGGCCGUGGGGAUAACCACCAACCCCUUCGCUCUGGGCUGCUACCUGGGCCGUCUGAUCUGUGACCCCCUCCUGGACGUCUACUUCAGCAGCCUGGGGGCCACUGAGCGCUGGCUGCCCCUGCUUUCCUGGGGACGUGUCUGGCGUCGACUCUCCCUGCUCCCUCUGGGGCUUGUGGAGAUAGCCUUCUUUGUCCUAGCCGCUGUAAAGAUGAGCCAUCUAGAACUGUGGUACCUGGUGAUCCCUGGGUUCUGUGUGUUUGGCCUGUUCUGGACAGUCUGCCACGUGGUGCUGCUGAUCACACUGUGGGGCUUCCACACCAAGCUGAGUGACUGUCAGAAGGCGCGCUCGGUCCAGCAGUCAGACACACGCAGCCUGGACCGGGUCAUGGCAUCGCGGGGGAUGAGACACUUCUGCUUGAUCUCUGAACGCCUGGUCUUCUUCAGCCUGGUGUCCACAGCCAUACUGGCAGCUGUGUCCUGGCAGCCCUCCAACGGUGUGUUCAUGAGUAUGUUCCUGGUGGUCCUCUCUCUGGAGUCUCUGGCCCACGGGCUCUUCCAUGAGCUGGGCAGCUGCCUGGGGGGCACGUGUGUGGGCUACGCUGUGGUCGUCCCUACCAGCUACAACAGCCCAGACGGCCAGCCCACCCUCCUACCUCCGGACCAGGUGCAGGAGCUGAACGUGCGCUCCACGGGCAUGUUGAACAGCGUGCAGCGCCUCUUCUCCCACCACAUGAUCGAGACGUUUGGCUGUGACUACUCCACCAGCGGGGUGACCUUGGAGGCCCUGCAGGCCAAGCUCAAGGCCUUCCUGGAGCUUCGCACGGCCGACGGGCCCCGCCAUGAUACAUACGUGGUAUUCUACAGCGGGCAUACGCAGCGCACCGGGGCCUGGGCACUGGCAGGAGGAGACUCUCUGCGUCUGGAGCAGCUGCUGGAGUGGUGGAAGGAGAAGAACAGCGGCUUCACCUCCCGCCUCAUCCUGGUCCUGGACACAGAGAACUCCCUGCCCUGGGUAAAGGAGGUCCGCAGCUUGGAGGGAGUCUACGUGGCCGUGCAAGGGGCCGAGCUCGCCCCCGCCGGUGACAUCGAAGGUGUGGACGCCGCCCGCCUCGGGGACUUCACCUCAGAGUGGGUGGAGUUCAACUGCAACCCGGAUAGCGCCACCCAGUGGUUGGAGAAGGACAGGACGGUGGCAGCGGCCUACGGCGUGUCGAAACACUGGAGCGACUACACGCUCCAUCUUCCCACAGGGAGCGAUGUGGCCAAGCACUGGAAGACCCACUUCCCCCAGGCUACCUAUCCUCUGGUGCACCUGUCCAACUGGUGCUGUGGGCUCAACCUCCUCUGGCUGUGUGGAGUGUGUCUGAGGUGCUUCAGGCGAUUCAAACUGGGCUGGUUCCCUCCCAAUAUACUGGACACGGGACAGGGCAUCAAACUGGUCCACUCAUAGACUGAGCUGUGUGUCUGUCUGGGUGAUCACUUGCCUGACCACUCACCCUGAAUUUAAUUCCUCUGCUCUAUCAAUCGCUACAUAUAUUCAGUCUGAAACUGCCAUCCUAGAAGUUGUUUGUGUGACUUCAAAACAAAUUCAUCAGUGAUUGGAUCGUCUAUAACAAAUCUAACCAAUCAGAGAAUCAAAGUUGAUAAUUUCAUCAGGUAGGCUGGCUCUGGCCCAACCCAUCGGUUUCUGGGACCAAUCAGAUUGGUCAGAUUGUGUUUGCAUUCUAGAAAUCGUCGGGGAGGGAGGCAAAUCCAGACGCAUCUUGGAGAAGAAACGUCCGUUGGCCGGAGCAAUGUGGAUGGGUAGCCAGGCAAGGAGAUCACAAUGGUGUUUCAGCAGGUAGCCUAGUGGUUAAGAGUGUGGGGCCAG